AUGAUCCGGAUUUUUCUUCCUGCAAUGCUUGUUGUUUUCAUGAGCUGGAUGUCAUUCUGGAUCAAUCCCGAAUCAGCCCCAUCCCGUACAGUUAUUGGGACAUUUACUAUAUUGAGCGAGACUCAUCUCUUGAUGGGCACGAACAGACGACUACCGCCUGUUCCCUACAUUAAGGCUGUAGAUGUUUACCUUGGAUUUUGUUAUUUGAAUGUAGUAUUAGCACUUAUCGAAUAUGCCAUUGUCGCGUAUUCAAAGAAGAAAUAUGGAGAUCGAAAAAAAAACAAAAGCAAGAGUAUUUUCGAACUAACACCACAAUUACAAGCACCAGAUUUGCUUCAAGAUGCCCGCAUAGAUGAAUGUACUUGCGAACAAAAUGUUUCGGUAUUUGUAGUAGCUAAACGUCCACUGAAAUACGCUGAUUUCUGCAAGCAUAGUCGAGUGGACCUUAUUGCUCGAAUUGUAUUCCCCAUUUCGUUCCUUAUGUUCAAUUUCAUUUACUGGACAGUGCUUCUUUCCCUAUCAGGAUGGAAAAUGUAUGGAGAUAGUGCGGAACAAAGAACUUGUUAA